AUGUUUGUUUAUAUGGCUCUAUCUAAUAAUCAUACAUUACAUAAUCCUGUCCUUGUUCUGCAUCCAGGUCCAGGGGGUGGUUGGGAGACUAUUGAGAAUAAGAAGAAAUCAGGGCAGACAUCUGGGAGGGGACAAUGGGCGCCACGGACUUCAUCCUCCAAUGCUCCACCCGCUACAGCACGGCAAGCUUGGAAUGGCAAUGGGUCUUCGCGUCCUUCAGGAAAUAAUUGGGCUCAACCUUCUGGUCGUGGGCCUGCUGCCAGAGGCAAUCCCAGGGCAUCAUCACAAGCAAGGUCUACAGAACCAGGAUUGCAAGCGCCAAACCCAGCUGUCACCCCACCUCUGCUAAAUGGUUGGCAGUGGGCAUCAAGGCCUCGCCCAUCUCGUCCUGAAAGCAACAACGAUGAUGUUGCUUCCUCUUGUUUCGACCCUGAGAUGGAUGAUCCUCAAGUCGAGGACUCGUCAGAUGAUGAUGAUCUUAAUGAUGAUGAUGAUGACAUGAGCGAUGACUAUGAUUCCGAUGCAUCGGAGAAAAGUUUCGAAACCCGAAAAACAAACAAGUGGUUCAGAAGUUUUUUUCAGGAGACCGAUACCUUAAGUGUGGAUCAGAUACAUGAGCGACAGUCGCAUUGUCCGGCAUGCCAAAAUGGACCAGGAGCAAUUGCCUGGUUCAAAGGGCUGGAAUCUUUGGUCAGACAUGCUAGAACAAUGGGUUCUAGGAGGGUUAAGCUCCACAGGGAAUUGGCUGCAUUGCUGGAAGAGGAGAUGUCUCGCAGGGGAUCUUCUGUGGUACAGCCCGGCGAGCACUUUGGGAAAUGGAACGGAUUGGCAGAAAGCACCGACCGGCAGAUAGUAUGGCCACCAAUGGUGAUUGUGAUGAACACAAGACUGGAAAAGGGUGAAGAUGAUAAGUGGUUAGGCAUGGGCAACCAAGAGCUGCUCGGAUAUUUCAGUGAUUAUGCUGUGACCAAAGCACGCCAUGCAUACGGUCCUCUUGGGCACCGUGGCAUGAGUGUGCUAAUAUUUGAAAGCUCUGCCGUGGGCUAUAUGGAGGCAGAACGUCUGCAUAGGCUCUUUGUUCAUCAAGGAACAGACAGGGACACAUGGAACAAACGCAGGGUUCCUUUCUUGCCUGGUGGCAAAAGACAAUUAUAUGGUUUCCUAGCCUUAAAGGAAGACAUGGAGGAUUUCAAUAAGCACCACCCAGGGAAAAACCGCCUGAAAUAUGAGAUGAGAUCUCAUAAUGAGAUGGUAGUGGCCCAGCUGAAACAAAUGAGUGAAGAUAAUCAAGAACGGAAUUAUCUCAAGAACAAGGUGGUUAAGACAAAGCAACACUCUAAAGCUGUAGAAGAAAGCCUGGGUUUUGUUGCCCGGAAACAUCGAGAGUCUAUACAAGAGAAUAUAUUUGUCAGGCGUAAAGCCAAGGAAAAACACGAUGAGUAUGAGGAGGAGAUGAAAUCCCAGGAUCAAUUCUUCCAUGAUCAGAUAGAAAGCAUGCGCAGGGCCAUGGAGGAAAAGGAACGUGAGUUUGAGAGGUUGCUGCAGGAGGAGCGUGCCAAGGCUAGACAGUGUCAUGUGGACGAUUCUGGGACCACCGAAAAUCGCAGGCUAAGGAAGGAACAGGUACAGCGGUUCAUCGACUGCCAGGUUAAGGACGUGCAGGAGUUCGAGGCUGAAAGAGACGAACUGAUAAAAGCACACGAGGAGAAGAAGGUGCAGCUCAAGAAAGAGUACAUGACAAAGGAGAUGGAGCUCGAAGAGGAGUUUGAUGCCGCUCUUACCGGUCUGAUGGAGAAACACAGGCCCGACACCUUCCAGGCCCCCAAUGGCUCUUGA